UCCGAUCCGCGCUCAGUUUAGUUCAGUUCGUGGCCCGAGAUGGUCGCAUGAGAGCCGUUUCCACUCCGUCGCGAAGUUGUGCUGAAGAUACACGCGAGACCGCCGAAACGAGCAGUGCGCCCUCCCUUUUUCGUUUCUUUAUGAUUUUGCCAGUGUUUUUUGUUGUGGAUGUGUUUGUAUUCAGUGCGACGGAUUUUGUUUGAUUUUUGAUUUUGUGUUCGUUUUGGUUGCUUGAAAUGGCGCUGUUCUGGCGGUCGGUCCUAACCCUGGCUACCAUCACCUCUUGCAUGGCCAUUUUUAUUGGCGGAGAGCAGGAUGUAGGAAGUCCCCUAAGGGUCGCACAAUGCAGAGCUACUUGUCUUGAAAGGUUCUCCAACGACGGCCCUAACGGGGAGUCCAUGUGUCUGCAGGGACCUGAUUGCUUCAUGUGUUGGGAAAACUGCGAGCUGUUGCAGUCCAACUUCCAAGUUUGGGGUGCCAUGUGCGAAGAGAAGGAGAUAUGUUUCCCCGGCUGCCAGGAAGCCUGCAGAUUCCACGCGGAAGCCUCCACGCAGGUCCAGCAGACGCAACCGGUCAUCCACACCAAAGGGGAGGGCGUGAUCCAAGUGUCUGGAGCCUUGGCGCGGUGGCCGCGACCCUCCUCCGUCGAGUCCAAGACCCCGUUAGUGUACGUGGUGAUGAUCAAAAGCCAAGGCGGCGUCUGGCGGCAGAUCAUCCAGACGCUGGAUCUCACCACUCGGGUGCCCCUCAAUACCGAUAAGCGCGGAGCCAUGCUGCGUGUGCUCGUGGUCCACCCGCAAGGCCUAGUGACGAUUUACAGCCCCGACGAGGCCAGUUUUCGGGAGAACAAGAAGAAAAAGAAGACCGUCAAUACGGAAAUCAAGGCGACGACCAGCAAAAGCACGACGACCGACGCCGACGCCCCCUGGGUGUUGCGGGAGGUGUCCCUCAUCCAUCAGAAAGUUUUGGUGAUUGGGGAGAUCGCCUGGGAACCGAAAGCCAGUCGCGGCGUUUACUUGGUGACUUGGGAAGUGGACGGGGGCGGCCUGAAAGGGAACUUGUUCACCGACUCGACUUGUGUCACUUUGUCCCUCUGGCCCGAUACAGUCUAUCACAUACAAGUUGAACUCGUCUCGCGCAUCCCCGGAGUUGAAAAUCUCAAGUCCGAAAUGAUGGACCUGGACACGGGCCGCGCCCAGAAAGUCUCCACGGAGAGCCAAGAGGACCUCAACUUGAUGUCCGCCGAGAUCCCGGAGGACAUCGACUUCAAGUCACCGCUGCUGUCGGUGCUGGUGAGCGCGUUCCAGGGCGAGAACGUCAAGCCCAAGUGGUACAGCAGCGACGCCAUGUGGGGCGCCGGCCUCGCCGUUCUCCUCUUCGCCGUGGUACUCGGCGUGGCCUUCUGGAGGUGUCGGAGGAGGUACGGCAACGCCAUAGAUAACAUGAUCACCGGCUCGACGUCGAUCCGGAGCCACAAGCUCGUUGAAGACUUCACCGGAUACACAGGCUUCCAACCAAUAAUAUCUGUGAUGUCUGCGGACGAGACCAAAUACGGCAACUGUGAGACGCCGGAAGUCACAUUCCAGGGUGCCCACAACAGCAAUUUUUUAAGUGAAUCGGAAAAGACUGCACGACACGAAGUUCAAGUGUGACGACAUAGUUGUGACGCAAUCAAAACAACUCGCGCCAAACAGGAUGAUUAAAAAAAGUUCCUAAGUUUUAUGUGAAAGAGUGAAAUUUUGACUAGUGUUAACGCGAGUGAAAGCACCGGGACUCUUAAAAAAUGAUUAUAAGUGUAUAUGUGUAUAAAAACUAGUCUAAAUUCGAACAUUUUACUCGCCAAUAAUGUCGAAAGUGCAAGUUUGUUUGCUUGAGACUGUUCUUGUGAAACCAAUUUGAUUUAGUUCUACUGCGCAAGACAAGACGAAGCAAUUUUCAAAGUUAUGUAGAUUCGAAAGAGAGAACGACUGUGUUAUUUUUUUAUUAAGGAUUUUUAGUUAAUUUAUUUGCAGACUUUUAACGCCUAGACUUUUGUACAUAAAUUUAUCCCAAUUUUAGGACGUCCAAAAACCGUGAAGAACUUAAGACCUGUAAAUUGCUGAUAAUCUUAUUGGAAACUCAAUAAUGUAUUUGUCAAUAUUUGGACAGUAGCUGAGUAGUUAUUGUUGGUUAGUUAGCUUCAUACAUCAGAUGUGCUCUUUGUCUCGUAUUUUACGACCGGGCCUCGUCGUGCUCGAGAUUUUUACAUCUAUCCCGGCCCUGAUUCGCUUAAUCGACCUAAUAUUCCAAAGCUAUAAAAUUAUAAUUUCAUGAAUAUUUUAAGCUCGAGCCCAUCGACGUCCGCAUCUAACCGAUCAUUAAAUUAAUUUCGUUGUAAAUACUUUAUUGUAUUAUAAUUAUCUAUUAUAUAUCAUAUAAGUUAUUUUUCUAUUAAACAUGGUCUUAGUCAGUUCCAUGGCUAAAUGUAAAUAUAAUUAUUAUAAUUAUUAUCAGUGGAA